UAAAAAAACGAGAAAAACCGCUGCUGGGUAGCGAGGGGGGUGCGGAAAUUCGAUUUUAUAUCAAAUUAAAAAGAAACCAGAGGGCAAACGAACACUCUCGCGCCGUUCGGAGCGCGUUCACCUCUUCAAUCGCAAUCGCCAAGACGCGGCGAGGAGAAUGAGUUCCGUAGCGAAGACCGAGGCCGGUUGAGGCCUAGGCACGGCGCGGAGCCUGAACCGCCGCCCGGAGACUGGGCUACAUCGCGGCGGGAGAGCAGGCGAAGUCGAUGGCCGUGAGUGACCGCGCCAUGAAGCGCUCUCCGUCCUCCACCUCCACCUCGUCGUCGUCGUCCUCGUCCCAGAAGACGGCCUCGGAGCCCACGCCCUCCACCUCCAAUGCAGCGGCGCCGGGGGCAGCCCCGGGGGCAGCGGCGAGGGCAGCGGCGGUGGCGGCGGCGGCGGGAGGGAAGUCGUCGCGACAUCGCCUGGGGAAGUCCAAGCUCGCUGUGCCAGCAGCCGAGUCUCACCCCGAGCACAGGUCCGUGUCACUGGGCCGAAUCUACCGCGCCCCCUUCGUCGCCGCGGCGCCCGACGGCGCCGACGCCGGCGGCCACCGCCACCGCCGCCUCCUGCCGCCGGGCCCCGGACCGCUGGACGCGAGGGGCCGCCCCCUCGUCCGGCGGCGCACGGCCGGCGCGGGGGAGGGGGCGGCCGCCGUGGCCUCGGGCGGCCCGGUGAGGGCGGUGAAACCGUACGGGGCGGCGGCGACGGCGGCGGCGAUGCCGAUGGCCGGCGAGGAAGAGGAGGUGGGAAGGGGAGAGAGGAGAGGAAAGUUGAGGGCGUCGACGGCGAUGGGAGAUGAGAAACGGCGCGGCGGUGGCGGCGGCGGCAGUUUUGGUUGCGCCGUCAGUGGCGCCGUCGGUGGUGCUGGGACCUCUCGGACGGCGUCGGUGCCGCGGGGACACGAGCGCUUGGCGGCGGCUGCGGCAGCAACGACGGUGACGCUCAUCACGGCACUAGGAGUAGGCGUCACGCCGGCUGGCCCGGUGGUGAGCGUCGGUGGCGCGUCCCUCGCCUCUCCAGAGACGGACGGUGACUCCUCCUCCUCGUCGUCGUCGUCGUCUUCCAUCUCCUCCGACGAUUCCCCGACCCGCCCCGGCUGCACCAACAGCGUCGCCGCCAGCGCGGCUCACGGCAGAGCGAGAGCCAGGAGGAGGAGGAGGAAACGGGUGGAGUGCGCGGAAUCUGACGAGGUGGGCAAGGGCGUGGGGAGGCUGUCGCUCUCUCUGCUGCAGCAGCAGCAGCAGCGCAAGAAGCAGCAGCAGCAGCAGCAGGAGGAGGAGGAGGAGAAGCGGCAGCAGCAGCAGGAGAAGCAGCAGAAGCAGGAGCAGCAGCAGAGGAAGAAAAGGCAGCAGAUGGAGGAGAAGAAGCAGGAGUUGAUCCAGCAGAAGCAGCAGCUUGAGCAGCAGCAACUGAAGCAGAAGCAGCAGAAGCAGCUGAAGCAGCAGCAGCAGCAGAAGCAGCUGAAGCAGCAGCAGCAGCAGAAGCAGCACAGACUGAGCCCGAACGGUUUCUGUGGCGAGGAAAUUGACGAGGAGGAGGAGGAUGUUGACGAUGACGAGAGUGAAGACGGUGGCGGUGGUGGCGGUGGUGGCGGUGGUGGCGGUGGUGGCGGUGGUGGCGGUGGUGGCGGUGGUGGCGGUGGUGGCGGUGGUGGCGGUGGUGGCGGUCGGCAGGUGCAGUUCUCAGCCAAAUCUGGACUCACCGGCCUGGAGAACCUGGGGAAUACGUGCUUUGUGAACUCCAUCGUGCAGUGCUUGAGCCACACGCGUGCGCUGCGUGACUACUGCGUGCGCGGGGACUACGAGCCGGAGACAAACCCGCACAGCCCCACCAAGGGAGCCCUCGCUCACGCGUUCGCGCUGCUCCUGCGUGAGCUGUGGAGCGGGGGGAGCGUCGCUCGUCCCUCAUCACUCCUCACCCAGGUGCAGAGGCACGCUCCGCGGUUCGGGGGCGGGAGUCAGCACGACGCUCAGGAGUUCCUGCUGUUCCUGCUGGACGGACUGCACCACGACGUGAACCGCUCCUCACCACGCGCUCACCCGCUCAUCCACGACCUCGACCACCUGAGUGACAAGGAGAAGUCGAUGAAGCAGUGGAAGAGUUACCUGGAGAGGGACAACAGCAAGAUCGUGGAUCUGUUUGUGGGGCAGCUGAAGAGCACGCUGACGUGCCUGCACUGCUGCCUCCACUCCACCACGUUGAUGAUGUUGGCGAUGUUGGUGAUGAUGUUAAUGAUGUUGAUGAUGUUGGUGAUGUUGGUGAUGAUGUUGACGAUGAUGUUGACGAUGUUUAUGAUGUUGACGAUGAUUACGGUGACGAUGAUGUUGGUGAUGAUGUUGACGAUGAUGUUGAUGUUGGUGAUGACGUUGUUGAUGUUGGGGACAGAUCUGUUUGUGGGGCAGCUGAAGAGCACGCUGACGUGCCUGCACUGCGGCCUCCACUCCACCACUUUCGACGCGUUCUGGUCACUGCCACUCCCCGUCGCUAAACGCCCGCUGAGCGACCCGUCCCUACAGGAGUGCGUGCGCCUCUUUGCCACGGAGGAGACUCUGGACGGAGACGAGCGGCCGCACUGCCCCCGCUGCCGGCGCAAGCGGCGCAGCGGCAAGCGCCUCUCCCUCCAGCGGCUGCCCCGCCUCCUCGUCCUCUUCCUCAAGCGCUUCUCCGAGCCGGCGCCCCACCACCCCCCGCCCCCCUCCUCCUCCUCCCACCUCCUCCCGACGGCGCCGCAGCCGGCGCCGCCGCGUGUGCGCUGUACGACCUGUACGCUGUGA